CGUCCUCUUUCUUUGGAACCCUCUCUGACGAUUCCACGUAGUCGUCUGCAAGAAUCCUCUUCCAUCGGAGGAUGAAUAGUUUCUCUUUUUGCUUAGCGGCACUUGCUGCCUUACUCCUUGCAUCAUGCGUUCUCGGAAAAGAUGAUUUCAACUCUGGAUUAGUCAUUAGUGAGGUUUCUCGAAAGAUAGACCUUUCAACACAGCUGGCUAAAGUCAGUACUUCCUUGACCCUAGAGAAUGGAGGAGAUUCUGCCGUAGGACACUUUCAUCUGGCAAUCGAACCAGCUCUUGUUGAUAAACUGGCUUUUGUUGGAGCUAUGGCCAAGACCCCUGAUGAUGAGGACUCAAGUUUAACUUUGAAACAAGUAGAAAUCGAAGCACACAGGGAAACAAAGUUCUUCAGAGCAGAUCUUGGAUUUCGCUUGAAACCAGGAGAUUCAGUUGAGCUGACUGUGGAUGAAGUAUUUGUUCAUGCUAUGACUCCUUUCCCUACUAAAAUCACUCAAUCUGAGAAACAAUUUGUCCUCUUUUCUUCCAACCAUUAUUACUACACACCUUACACUGUUAAAAAGCAAAGUGCAACAGUUUCCUUGGCAACAUCCUCUGUGGAGUCCCACAGCAAGCUUAAACCCACUAGUCAGUCAGACAAUGACAUAUCAUAUGGACCUUACAGUGAUGUUGAGGCUUUCCAGAUCAGUCCCAUGAGAGUUCACUUUGAGAACAACACUCCCUUCCUCUCGGUGCUGAACAUGGCACGAACAAUUGAAGUUUCUCAUUGGGGCAAUGUUGCAGUGGAAGAAACCUUCCAUAUGAAGCAUGUGGGAGCAGAACUCCAGGGUCCAUUUUCAAGGUAUGACUAUCAACGUACCCCAGCUCCUGCUUCAAUAAAGUCUUUUAAGUCUGUUCUACCGGCAUCUGCCAGUGAUGUGUAUUAUCGCGAUGAAAUUGGUAACAUCUCCACCAGCAACCUGUGGUCUCAAGAGGAUUCAGUCGAGUUGGAGUUGCGACCAAGGUUUCCUUUGUUUGGUGGCUGGCAAACAAGGUUCUACAUGGGUUAUAAUGUUCCCAGCUACGAGUAUCUAUACAACCUGGGCAGCAAAUAUGUUCUGAAGAUGAGAGUAAUUGACCAUAUCUAUGAUGAGUUUGUUGUUGACAACCUUGCAUUGCGCAUCAUUCUCCCAGAAGGAUGCACAGACAUUCAAUUGAAGGCCCCUUAUGAGAUGAAGGAAGGAAAACGUGAACUACAUUUGACCUAUCUGGAUACAAUUGGGCGCCCUGUGGUUGUUGUACACAAAAGUAACCUGGUAGAGCAACACAUUCAGGACUUUGAG